AUGCGACAAGCAGCCAACAUCCUGCCGACAUCUCUUCGCCGCGCAUCUGGUGCAAAGAGGUGUGCUUCAAGCUCAUCCUCUGUCGCAAAGCGACCCACGACCCCGGUACCCAAGGAGCGGAUGCGCGCACUCGUGUCCCUCUACCACCAGUCGUCUCAGUUCGUCACACCCAGCAACUUGUCCGCGACGAUAGACUACGAAUUCGUCACGAAACAUGCAUGGGAACGGGCGAUGGCCGCCGAUGCGCUGAAGGCGUCGCCCAAGAUCGGCGACUCGCGUGUGCCCCAUGCGACAGACUCGGUGGAGAUGUGGAGCGGCAGCAGGCAUGAGAAGGAACAGAAGGUUAUGCGGGCGCUGUAUGGCCUUGAAGCUGGCCAGAGACCUGGGCUGGAGGUGCUGGAGGACGAGAGCGAUCGUGUGCGGAGAGAGGUCAUCGAGCCGGACGCCCAUAUGUUCAAGUCGUCGUAG